AUGGCCCAGAAAAUGAUCAGAUUGAUCCCAAUGGUUGAUCAUAUGCCCUUGGAGCUCCCACGCGAUUUUAAUUGGGAGAAGAUGAAUUCUCAUGUUGCAGAAAUCAUCAAAGGAAGUAGUGGUCCAAAAGCAGAACUUUAUAUCGACGCAAAGGACUCAUUCAAGGACAUCUGGGAUCAAUUGGAUACCAUGUAUAAACAGAGUCACACAAAUGAAGAGCAAGGUCGAAGCACUACACAAAGUGGGAAAAGAAGGGACAAGAAUUACACACGGUGCGGAUCCUUUUAUGAUGCUAUUCUCAAUGGUAACUGGGAGGAAGUCGAAGACUUCCUCAAAAUUCGCCCACUAGCAUUGACUGCCAAAAUUACAGCGGAUGGAAACACUGCUCUUCAUGUUGCAGUAAAAGCAAAGAAGCUGACAAUUGUAGGGAAGCUGUUAGAAAAGCUGGAGACAGACAAGAAGCAAAUAGAAGCUCUAAAAAGGCAGAACAAAGAGGGUAAAACAGCCCUUUACAUUGCUGCCUCAAGGGGAUUUACUGCUAUUGCUCGAGAACUGGUGGAUAAGGAUAAAAAUUCAUUGCUGAUCGAAUGCGACAAUGAAACCAUUCCCUUGUUACCACUUUUUGUGGCUGCCAAGUAUGAUAACAAGGAAAUAGUUAAUUAUCUUUACCAUGAAACGAAGAAGUACAGUAGAGAGUUUUAUUUCAAAUACGCUUAUAAAAAUGAUGAGAAAGCAAGACUAUGGCUUAGGCAAUGUGCUUCAUUUCUUGCUCACUUGAUCUAUAAUGAUGAUUAUGAUCUGGCUUCAGAAAUAAUCAAUGAUUACCCAAGUUUAGCUCUCACAAGAUCUACAGAUGUGGAGACACCCCUGUUUGCACUUGCUCAGAGGCCUUCUCUAGGUGCCAACACAACAGUUGGUGAUAAAGCUUCAAAAUUCCAGUUGAGAAACAAGUUAGACUUUGAAUCUGCUUCAAAAGCUCCAAAGUUAUUGCUGGAACAAAUUAUUUUAACUAUUGACGACUGGAAAUCUCAAAAGUCCGCAUUGAGUGCUGCAUUGUUCAAAGCCGCCGAGGUUGGAAGUGUUGAAUUUGUUGAUAUGAUCAUAAAUUCUCUUCCUCUAGUGGUAUCUUGGUUAAAUGAUGAUUAUCAGAACAUUUUUCAUGUUGCAAUCAUUCACCGCCAAUAA